CCACUACUGUCGGUUUCUGUACAGACUAUGCUCGGUCGAACCAAUGAUUCCGAGACCAUGAAGAUUUGCAUGAGGAUAUUUCCAGCAUGACAUCGAGCUCUUAGGUCCUGCGUGAUGCCCCACUGUUAAUCACAUCACACGUAACAAUAUCAACAUCACAGAUCCUCGCAUGUCACACUCACCAUCAGUUCACUCAUCAACUUUUACGCACAGUUUUUAACCGUUCAAGAUCAAGAUGUCACAAAAAUGGGAUCUCGAAAAACGCCCCACUUACGAUAUCCCUGACCCGGCCGCACCUUCAUCAUACCAACGUGACAUCUACUCCCAUUUCAGACGGCCCGCGCUCUCCACGAAACCUUCGGAAUGGGAGGCUCAAGCCCGUACGAAAGUCCCAAAGCCGAACUUCGGCUACGUAUACGGCGCCGCCGGCUCUGGAAAGACGCACAAGGCCAACACCGAUGCCUUCGACCGCUACCGGCUCAAGCCACGUAUGCUCGUCAACGCCACGCGCCGCGACGUCAGCGUUGAGUUGUUCGGCGAGAGACUGAGUAGUCCGAUCAUGGUCGGCCCCGUAGGCGUACAGAGUAUCAUGCACAAGGACGCCGAGGAAGCGACGGCGCGCGCUUGCAGGGCGACGGGUGUGCCCAUGGUGCUGAGUACGGCGGGCACGCGGACGAUUGAGCAAGUCGCGGAUGCGAAUGGUGAUGGGCUCCGGUGGUUCCAGCUGUACUGGCCGCGGCCGCAGUACGACGAUGUGACUGCGAGUCUGCUCCGUCGUGCAAAGGCCGCGGGGUUCAAGGCGCUCGUUGUCACGCUCGACACCAUGAAUUUGGCCUGGCGGCCGACGGAUCUGGACGAGGGGUAUUUGCCGUUCUUACUGGGUGAGGGUUGUCAGAUUGGGUUUUCGGAUCCCGUGUUCAAUGCGGUAUUUGAGGAGCAGCAGGCGAUGGAUAAACGGACUAUUGCUGAGAAAUUGGGGGAACUGUAUGAUUUGGUCAAGAGGCCGGGAAGUGUUGUUCAGGGUUUGAAAGUACUUGCCAAUGCGAGAUCGAUUCAAAAGAGUAGGGCGUGGAUGGAUGUGGUGCAUAGCGCGACGUAUCGCGAAUGGAAGCAUCUGGAGAUUCUGAAGAAGCACUGGGAUGGGCCGAUUGUGCUGAAGGGGAUCCAGACGAUAGAGGAUGCGCACAGAGCUAUCGACUACGGUAUGGCCGGCAUCAUCGUCAGCAACCAUGGAGGAAGGCAGCUUGACGGGGCUAUUGCAAGUCUGGAUGCUCUGGCUGAAAUCGGGGCUGAUGAUCGUGUGAAGCAAUCUGGCUUAACGGUGCUUUUCGAUAGUGGGAUUCGGACGGGCAGUGAUGUCCUGAAGGCGAUCGCGCUUGGUGCAAAAGCAGUUCUGAUUGGGAGGCCAUAUAUGUAUGGUUUGGCGAUGGGCGGACAAGCCGGUGUUGAGCAUGUACUGCGGUGCAUCAAGGCCGACACAGACAACCAGCUAGGGAAUCUGGGGAGGACGAGCUUGGCAGAGUUGUCAAGGGACGAUUUGGCUGUGCAUGAGCAGCCCAAGUUAUGAUCCUAUGCUUGGAACUGUGUUCGUAUACGACUGCUGACACAUAUAGCAGAAUUACAAUGCAGACCAUCGUGCAGACACUUACUACUCUCUUUUAGAGGCAAAUAGGACUGAAUUGUAAGUGAUUAGAAUUUAUGUUUCCGUAGCCCUGUGUGGCCAACAAACCACUGGUAUUCCCUAACAUGUUCCUACAUUGUGGAUACUACCGCUGAGUACAAACAAAAUGUGGCAAUUUUGUGCCAGACUUGUUUCAGCUUCAGCGGCUUAGCCUCGUUCUUAUCUUAGUUGUAGAAAGCACAGUGCCUACGUCAACUAUCUGGCUAUCUCUCUCGAACUCACUAAGUGGAG